CCCCUCCCUCUCCCUCUCCCUCUCCGUUGAUCCCGAGAUCUCUCUCAGAAGAACCCAUACCUAGCCCUUUCUCUCUUUUGCCUCACAAAGGUGCGGCCUUUGGGAAGAGGAAGAAGGCAACGGCCAUCUUUCUCUCCCUCUGCCUCUCUCAGAAGAACCCAUACUUAGCCGUUUCUUUUAGGGAACUAAAUCUGAGCUUAUUUUCUAGUUUGGCCAAAUAAUUUAUGAAGGACAAGAUGGAUGCAGAAGAGAAACAGAGAAACAUUGGUUGGACAUUCCAGAAGAGGUUUUACAAUUGAUCAUACCACACAUAUCUGCAGUGGACCAUGCACAUUUAUUCGCUGUCUGCAAGGGAUGGUUAUCGAUGACUCCUGCAUUUUGGUCCCCUUCGACACCGUGGCUCAUAUUCAAUCAUAACUUAGAGGGUGUGUGCAAGUUCUUUGACCCCUUGAACAGGAAAAAUUAUGUUUCUGAAAUCCCGGGCUUGUCUGGUACAGUAUUCCAUCAUUCGAAGGGUGGUUGGUUGCUAGUGUCUCGAAAUGAUGACUCUGUGUUCUUCUUUAAUCCUUUUACGCAAGAGCAAAUCGACCUUCCGAAUUCAAUUGGUGUCUUUUGGGGGAUAUCCUUCUCAUCGCCUCCAACUUCUCCAGACUGUGUUGUUUUUGCUGUUCAUAACAUAAAUCCAUACCAUAUUUCAAUCAAGACAUGUUGUCCUGGGGAUAUGUCUUGGAAAAAUUAUUCUGACUAUGAAACUACAGUGCCUUUUGUCGUUGUUCACAAUAAUCCUGUUUUCUAUGAAGGCCUUUUCCAUUGUUUGGGCCUAGGUGGAAGGUUAGGGGUUUUUAAUCACAGGGAAAAUACUUGGAAUGUUCUUGAUAAGCCAGAAGCUGUCCAAAAUGAGACAUGCGAUUGUUUCUUGACAGAGUCAGGUGGAGAGUUGGUAAUGGUUUCUGUAGAUCAUCUCGGAGAUCCAAUUAACACUUUCCUAUUAGACCAGUCUAAGAUGGUCUGGGUAGAAGUGAAAAGCUUAGGAGAGCAAACGCUUUUUGUCGGUCAUGAGGCAUCUCUUUCAAUGAAAGCCAUAAGAGGAAUGGAAAACAAAAUCUACUUCUCAAGAAUUCGUGGAAGCUGCAGCAAUGAGCCUGUAUUCUACUCUAUGGAGACGAAGAACGGGAGAGUGGAAUUUUGGAAGUCCAAAGUAUAUAGCAAUUGCACUUGGAUUGAACCCAAUGGUUACGUAUUUGAAUCCAACCAAAAUAAUAAUGAAUUGAGGUUGAUAGGCUCAAGAUAGUUUGUUGUUUUUUGAAAGGCGACACUACUAGGGAUUGAAUCCUGGAUCACUCACAUAUUACAGUCUCCACCAGCUCAUCUAACAACCAGGGAGAAAUAAUCAUUUGACAAAAUAGGAAAUGGACAUGGGUUGUCAUAAAUCGUCAUUCAAUUUUCUUAUGUUGA